AAAAUGACAAAGUGGGCAAUGACGUUACAAUCAGAUGUUCAGUUGUGUUUUUUACCCAACUAAAGAAAUGAAUGGUAGUUGCCCAAACCACAUCCAUGAAGAUGAUGAUGAUGAGGAGGAGAAGAAGGAGGAGGGUGGAAAUUCUCAAAAUGACAAUUCCCGACAGGCGGCUCGAGUACAAAAUACAGAAGACACGGUGACUCUGCAGAGGAGGACUCUGACUGUGACACUCUCGGUCGGCAUGGUCAUUAUUCUCGCUCUCCUCGGUGGAGUCAUUAUCACUGCUUACAGACUAAGGGAAGUGACUGAUCAGCUCGACACAGGUGUGUCGGAUGGUUCUAAUGAGUUGUCUAGGCUGUCAACUAAAGAAGGCCUUGUUCCAGGGGAAGUGUGGAGAUGGAUCGUAGCAGCUAAAGCUGAUAUGACUCUAAACCCCCAAUCAGCUCACAAUCUUCUCAAAGUGAGUGCUGAUGGCAAAAGUCUCUACCAAGAAUCCUCAAGCAGUCCAACUCGUGCCCUAACAGCAGAGACUUAUCAGGUGUGUAUCUGUGUUUCAUCUGAUAACCUGUUGGACACCAGGUCUUAUUUUGAACUUAAGGUGGCGCAGAAGGUACCCUGGACCAUAGGGCUGCGUACCGAGUCUUUCAAUGCAGAUAACACUCCGGAUACCAAUCCUGAUGCUGGCAUCUGGACCAUUGCCUCAGCACAGGAUAAGAUAAUAAUCAAUGAUGGUAAAGCCACUCCGCUAAUGGUUAUCAGGCUGGCAAAGCUUGGUCUGUAUUUAGACUACGCACGAGGUCAAGUGUCCUUCUACGAUGCGGUGGCUAAACGCCACUUACACUCUUAUCUUACCACCUUUAAAGAAAAACUUCGUUUCUAUGCAGCUUUUCAAAUUGGGAUUGAAGAGACCCAGGAGGUGUUGCUUUCAUUUCUCUAGUGUUAAUAUUUGAGCAGGUUACCUAGAUUAAAAAUGAAAGUUGUCUUAUUGUCUUAUUAUCCUAACAUUUUUUUAUUUAUUUUGAACUCCUGUUAAAAUAUUUUUUAUGAAUGUUAUAAUGAUGAAUAAAACGUUGCAAGAAACAAUUUAAAUCUGAGACACAAAUAAAUAAUAAAUGUGAAUAUAUGACUUUAUUGGGUUUCUAGAGGUGUGUACAUUAUCCCUCAAAUUCGGAAAUGACUUUUGUAUAGGUACAAUAAACAACGAUAUGGUCUUACCUGUGCUCUAGCAUGGGAAUGUAUUUGAAGACAAAGACACUGAUUGAAGGUAGUUAUUCAUACACAUCACUGAGACG